AUGGACGGAGUAAAUGAAGAAGAUUCACUCACAAUGAAUAGCAACACACUGACAACAAGCAAUAGUCCUAUUAAACCGAAAGCCUUUCCUCCAAAUCAAUCUGGAUAUGUCUCUGUGACCACUGACGUUAGACUUUAUUAUGAAAUUCGUUCAUCAUCCACUCCAGCUGCCACGAAACUGAUUAUGAUUAUGGGCGCUUUUGCCACUUUAAAACAUUUCGAUGAACUAGCCCAGUUUGUCGUUGACACUCUUUCAACCUCUAUUGAAGUUUUGACCUAUGAUCAUCGCGGUAUGGGUCGUAGCGUUCCAUGUUCCCAAAAAAUGAAACAAACUCCACGCUUGUUAGCACAAGACGCUCUUUCAUUAAUUAAUCAAGUCUGGGGUACAACUUCAAAGGUUCAUGUUCACGGUGCAUCACUUGGCGGAAUGGUAGCACAAGAAUUAGCUUUGUUAUUGAUAGCAGAAAAACGAUUAUUGUCGUUGUACUUAGCUGUUACUAGUCGUGGAAGUUACUUAAAACCAAUGGCAUUUCUGGGAUCAGGUACAUGGUCAUUGUUGAUGCCAUUUCUCAUCAAAUCGAACAAGGAAAGAAUGGUUCGUGAUGUUUUGAUUCCUUCGACUUUUACCCCUGGAACACCCAGCUGUGAAUUCUAUGCUCGUCUAUGGAACGAUGAAUAUGAACAAUGGUUUUCAUUUCAUGAUCGAGAAGCAUGUGCAUGUCAAUGCUCAGUAGUAGGAACACAUUACUUGACAGAUAAUGGUGCUCGUCUAAUAAGAGAUUCAAAUGUGCCAAUUACAGUGCAGAUUUCAUUAAAAGAUAAACUCAUGGCACCAAAGAAACAACAAGAAUUAGCAAAAAUAUUAAAAGCAAAAACAGUCAUGUCUGAUCAAGGACAUAUGGGAGAUAAUGAAGUCAAACAAGAAAUAUUUGAGACGGUCCUAAAACAUUUAGAGGAAGCUGUGCAACAUUUACCUGAUUAA